AUGGAAGUUUUUGGCAUCCGUUUUGCACCUUUAAACGUUCCGCUGGUACGCCGCAUCCAAACAUUUUGCGUGGCAAUAUGGAUGGUAACAAUGGCCUUUGGAGGAUUUAUAGGCAUAAUUUUGGCUGCCUAUCUGGUCUUCUUUACAAGACUGUGGUGGUUAACACUGAUAUACCUUAGCUUUAUAUGGCUUAAGGAUUCAAGUAUUAGCGAAAAAGGAGGGCGGCCUUCCAAAUGGGUGAGAGGAUGGCUUAUCUGGAAGUACGCGAUGGAGUAUUUUCCUCUCAAAAUAGAAAAGGUGCCUUCUGUCGAACUAGAUCCAAAGAGGAACUAUCUAUUUUGUAUCUUUCCGCAUGGGUUACUGUCCACUGGAGCCUUUAAUUUCGGUACGGAAUUCAGUGACUACAAAAAUCUCUUCCCCAACCAUCAAUCCAGUAUAGUAACUUUGUCCCAACACUACCAAAUGCCGUUUUUCAGGGAAAUUUACUUAGGAUUAGGAGGAAUAGCUUCUUCAUCUAAAUCCAUCGAUUACGUCCUCAGUAGACCUGAAGGAGGCCGCGUAGUUGCUCUGAUGGUAGGAGGAGCUGUAGAAGCAUAUUUUUGUAAACCUGGGAAUUACCAAAUUAUGUUGAAGAAUAGAAAAGGUUUUAUUAAGUUAGCACUGAAGAAUGGUACUCCAUUAGUCCCGGUGGUUUCCUUUGGAGAGACUGAUUUGUUCGACCAACUUGAAGGAUCUUGGCUGAGAGUUUUUCAAGAGAAACUCAGGAAACAUAUUGGUCUGGCCCCUGUUCUUCCUAUAGGUAGAGGAUUCUUCCAAUACUCGUUUGGUUUAAUUCCUAGGAGGUGUCCUGUUACCACUGUUGUCGGCGAGCCCAUGGACGUUCCUAAACUCGACAAUGUAACAAUAGAAGACAUAGAAGAGUACCACGAAAAAUUCACGAAACACCUGAUCGCCAUGUUCGAAGAACAAAAAUACAAAUAUGUAGAAAAACCGGAAGAGAAAAAACUGGUAAUAGAAUAA